AAUCAACAAGGCCUUCUCAUAUCUGCGAGACAGCCAAAUUUAAAACCUGUCGGAGUUGCAUAAAAUAAAAGAAUUGAAACAAGAACAGCCCCUUUUGACUUCUGCGUCCAACAUUCAGUACCAUCUUUCCUUCCUUGAUUCUUCCUGGCCAAAUCUUCACCGAGAGUCAAGUUCCUGUCACCCUUUUGUCUUCUUCCUCGGAUUCUUUAUACUCGUUUUGAACCGCUCUGCUUCUUACUCUUCCAUGUGAGCUCCUUCUCCUCUUCAUACUUCAAGCUCCAAAACUUUCCUUCCAUGGCGCCUCAAAUGCUUGUUCUAUCUUUGAUCCUUCUUGUUUUCCUUCUUCCUUCUUCUUUUUCUUUCACUCCUGUGGAUAAUUAUCUACUCAAUUGUGGAUCACAUGCCAAUGCAUCACUCUUCAACCAAAUCUUCAUGGGCGAUUCCACGAAACCCGGUUCGGAUUUUCUUGCUGUGGGAAAAUAUAUUACGCUAGCAAGCCAAAAUCCACCUGCGAAUUCUCCCACUCUGUAUCACACGGCCAGAGUUUUCACGAGCACGGGGAGCUACAGGUUCCGUAUGAAGAGUAACGGUACCCAUUUGGUACGUUUUCAUUUCUCGCCCUUUUCAGCUCAAGGAUUUGAUUUAAAAUCCGCCAAAUUUAAUGUUCUGGUUGGUGGGAAUACGCUUCUGAGAGCGUUUCAGUUGCGCAAUGGCACGUUGAUUAAGGAGUAUAUAUUGAAGAUAGAAUCAAAUCUGCUCGAAAUAGAGUUUGAACCUCUGGGUGAUUCGGGUUUUGGGUUUGUGAACGCUUUGGAGGUAUUUACAGCUCCUGUGGACUUCAUUCUGGAUUAUGGAGCCAGGUUAGUGGGCUCUUCUGGAGUGGAAGAGUACAGGAACCUUUCAUCUCAGGUUUUAGAGACUGUUUACAGAAUUAAUGUUGGAGGCUCGAAAAUAACUCCUUUCAAUGACACCCUAUGGAGGACUUGGAUUCCUGAUGAUGAUUAUUUGGUGUUUAAGGAGGCAGCUAAGCGUGCAGCGAGCACUCAUACACCAAAUUAUCAGAAGGGAGGUGCAAGUCCAGAGAUCGCUCCUGAUCAUGUUUAUAUGACUGCCCAGGAGAUGAAUCGGGAAAACUCAAGCCUGGCUUCAAGGUUCAAUAUAACUUGGAAAUUUCAGGUGGCUCCGGCUGGUGGUGGUGUUCGGCACUUGGUUCGGUUGCAUUUCUGUGAUAUUGUUAGCUCUGCACUGAACUUGCUGUACUUUGAUGUGUAUCUUAAUGGUUACUCUGCAUACAAGGAUCUUGAUUUGUCUUCUCUUACCGUCCAUGUUCUUGCAUCUCCAAUCUAUGUCGAUUUUGUUGUAGAUUCUGAUGAUUCAGGCUUUAUUGAAAUAAGUGUUGGUCCUUCUGAUCUGAACAGUUUGAUGAGGAUGAAUGCCUUGUUGAAUGGCGCAGAGAUCAUGAAGAUGGUCAAUGUUAUGGAUUCACAUGUUGUUCAAAAGAGAAAAACGUUAUGGGUAAUGGUGGGCUCCCUUGUUGGAGGUGCUGCAUUACUUUUGGUAGUGGUUGGCCUUCUUCUUGCUUUUAAGUGCAGGAAGAAGAAACAUAAACGAAAGACGGCAGAAAGUGUAGGCUGGACGCCUUUACGAAUGUUUGGUGGAAGCUCACUUAGUCGAUUGUCUGAAGCUCUUGCAUCUCCAGGUUCUCAUGGAUAUUUAGGCCUGAAAGUCCCUUUUGCUGAAAUACAAGCGGCAACAAACAAUUUUGAUAGAAGUCUGAUUAUAGGAUCUGGUGGGUUUGGUAUGGUUUACAAAGGGAUGCUCAAAGAUAAUGUGAAGGUUGCUGUCAAGAGAGGAAUGCCCGGGUCCAGACAGGGUCUUCCAGAGUUCCAGACUGAAAUAGCAGUUCUAUCCAAAAUUCGCCAUCGUCAUCUUGUUUCACUUGUUGGUUUUUGCGAGGAAAAUUCAGAGAUGAUACUUGUCUAUGAGUAUGUUGAAAAAGGACCUCUUAAAAAGCAUCUGUAUGGUUCAGGACUGCCUCCUUUGUCUUGGAAGCAGCGUCUCGAAAUAUGCAUUGGUGCAGCUAGAGGUCUUCACUAUCUUCACACUGGUUUUGCGCAAGGAAUUAUCCACCGUGACAUUAAAUCGACCAACAUAUUGCUUGAUGAAAAUUAUGUGGCCAAGGUUGCUGAUUUUGGUCUUUCAAGAUCCGGUCCAUGUCUCAAUGAAACUCAUGUGAGUACCGGCGUGAAAGGUAGUUUUGGUUAUUUGGAUCCUGAGUAUUUCCGGAGGCAGCAGCUUACAGAUAAAUCAGAUGUUUAUUCAUUUGGGGUUGUGCUUUUUGAAGUUCUUUGUGCCAGACCUGCUGUUGACCCACAACUUGCAAGGGAACAGGUGAAUUUAGCAGAAUGGGCACUUGAAUGGCAGAAGAAGGGCAUGCUGGAGCAUAUUGUCGAUCCCCAUAUUGUCGGCCAGAUCAAACCUGAAUCCUUGAAGAAAUUUGGCGAAACAGCAGAGAAAUGUUUGGCUGACUAUGGUGUUGACAGGCCAACUAUGGGUGAUGUAUUGUGGAACUUGGAAUACAUACUUCAGAUCCAAGAAAGUGGCCAACAAAGGGAACCAACGGCCAACUCAACAGCUACUGUUAUCACUGGAACUCCUUCUGACAACAUAAGAACAUUGAGAUAUCAUGAUAAUUGUAAUUCAGAUAUAAGUACUAGUGAAGUUUUUUCCCAACUAAUGAACAACGAAGGCAGAUAGAGAUACGUGCAUUUGCUUGCCGCGCAAUUGCCGCUUGAUCUUGUAGAAAUUUCACAAGGAGAUGAAGAGGUAUUAGUUUGAACCAUUGCUCAGACUUUUUCUCUUGAUUCUUGUCCUCUCAUCAAGAUUAUAAUUACCAAGAUGUCAUAUAUCAUGUAUUAGUUUCUUAACAAAGUCACGAUAUCUUUUUCUCUAUUUAUUGUAUGGCCCUAAAGAGAUGCUUCAAAUUUUCACUUGCUUGUUUAUACUACACAGCUGUUUUCUAUUGUA